CCGUUUCCGCGCUGCGCCAUUUUGCUGUAGCAGGAGGAGAAGAGGAGGCUCAUGUCGUGUUCCAGUGGCUUUUGUGGAUUUAUAUUGAAGAAUUGACGGAAUAUUUAACGCCCGCUGGGCGUUCAUAACGUGGAAUUUAAGUGUGGACCGGUGAAGUUCCUCUUUUAAACCCCGGCCGUGGAUUUAUGAGACGAUUCCCCCAUCUUGUUUGUGUCGUCAUUGGUUUAGCAUUGUCAGGGUAUUAGCUUAGCCAUUAGCUUUUGUCCGGCCUGUGUCCUAAGCCUCUCUGUUCUGUGGCAUCUGACACAACAAAGGACACUGUUCGGAUAGACUUUUGUGUUUUGCGUAUUGUUUGGGUAAUUCGCGUUGCCUUUGGACUGAAUGAUCGUGGCUUUACGUAAGAACUGUGAGCAAAGGUGAACAUUCCCGCACAGACUGAAGUCCCGGCCUGCUGCUGGCCGCGCUGCGGUGUAGAGCACGCCGUGUCGGGGCAGUGUGCCAGGGACUUUUACUGAGGACUCAGCGCUACAUGUGCGUUUGCUCCAUGGACGUUUUUGGAUUUGGGCACUAAGCCUUUCACACUAUGGGACUGUAAAGACUGUUAGGGGCACAGGUGCCUCCCAUGGCGCACCGGCCUCUCUCGUCCACCCCUCUCCCUUGUUUUACUUAAGACUGUCAUCUGUGAGAUUCACCUUUUUACUUUAGAUAUUUCUGUCCAGUGUUUACAGAGAAGGGUUAUAACAUUAAACUAUUUUCCUUCUGUGUUCAGUACUCACCCUGUUUUAUUUGAUUAUCAAAGCAGCCCUGUGUUUCCCUUGUUCUUCCCUGAGUAGGUACAAGUGCGUCACAGCGUCACAAUGUCGUGUGUUCAUUAUAAGUUCUCUUCCAAACUGGAAUACAACACGGUCACCUUCGAUGGGCUCCACAUCACGCUCAGUGAGCUCAAGAGGCAGAUCAUGAUCCGUGAGAAGCUCAAGGCCACAGACUGCGACCUGCAGAUCACCAACGCGCAGACGCGAGAAGAAUACACAGAUGAAGAAGCCCAUAUACCCAAACAUUCUUCGGUCAUCGUUCGGAGGACUCCUAUUGGUGGAGUGAAGCCUGCUGGCAGGACGUUCAUUGUGGAGCGUUCUGACACAGCAGUGGUUGGAUCAUCUAGACCCACUGAUUCUUCUCCUCAAUUGACCCUUGCCCAACUUUCCAAGACUGCAAACCUGGUUGAUGCAAAUGCAUCAGAAGAAGACAAGAUUAAAGCCAUGAUGACUCAGUCAAACCAUGAAUAUGACCCAAUACAUUACUCAAAGAAGGCACUUGGGCCUCCACCUGCUCAUUACACCUGUUUCCGCUGUGGAAAGACAGGCCACUACAAUCGCCAGUGUCCUAUGAUUUCGGUCCAAGAUAAAAAUGUGGAGCUGCCCAAGCCAGUCCGGACCAGUAAGGGCAUACCUCAGAGCUUCAUGGUCAAAGCUGAGCCAGGGGCCAAAGGAGCCAUGCUGACCAGUACUGGGGAAUAUGCAAUACCUGCUAUUGAUGCGGAGGCAUAUGCACAAGGCAAGAAAGAGAGACCUCCGUUUGUCCCACAUGAUCAGUCAUCUUCUGACGAUGAUACAGACCCAAUCCCAGAUGAACUGCUGUGUCCCAUCUGCAACGACCUCAUGACUGAUGCUGUGGUUAUACCCUGCUGUGGAAACAGCUACUGUGAUGACUGUAUCAGAACAGCGCUGCUAGACUCAGAAGAGCAUAUCUGCUACUCCUGCAAGCAGUCUGAUGUUUCUCCUGAUAACCUGAUUGCUAACAAGUUUCUCCGACAGGCUGUGAACAACUUCAAAAAUGAGACUGGCUACACUAAACGGAUACGCAAGCCGAUCCAGCACUCUGCUCCACCCCCACCUCGUCUUCAGCUGCUCCGGUCUCUGCGCUCCAGACAGCAGGACCCUCUGAUGCCCCAGCCCCCACCACAGCCUCCAGUACAACCUCCUGUACAGCCCCCAGUACUGCCCCCAGUACUGCCCCCUGCUGUCAGCGCCCCAGCAAUAGUCCCUGAAACCCCGAGCGCUCCAUCUGUGCCUGCUGCUGCUGCUGUUGCUGCUGCUGCUACAGCUACAGCUACAGUCACCACAGCUCCCACAUCGGUCCCAACUCCACCACGUGUAGUCUCUACUGAAGCUCAAGAGGCAGUCCACUCUCCAGCCCCCGUCAUAGAUCACCACUCCCCUAUGCACACGCCAAGCCAUGGAGAACCACCUCCUCCUGGGGAAUCUGACCCAGAGCCUAUCGUGCGAAAACCUGAACCCGCAGGACAUGCUGAAAAUGCUGUACAGCAUGAUUCUUCUGGCAGCCAUUUAACAGUUAUCGGCCACCCUCCUCCCCCUCACAGAUCUUCUCACCCAGCAGGACACUCAAGGCCCCACCAUUCACAAAGAGGAGGGACUAGAUCGUGGGACAGGUCUUACAGGAACAGGGAGCAUAACUCUGCCCAUGUCCAAACAGCGCCCCCUCCUCCUCCUGUGGUACCGGUGUACGCAGCCCCAGCACUGUUCCCCCCUCCACCACAGGCCUACCCCCCUCCCUACAGCACUGGGCCUGGCCUCAUACCUCCCCCUACCCUGGGCUACCAGCCUCCCCCAGUCUAUGUGCCACCCCCUCCAGGCUUAAACCCUGCCUGGUUACCUCCGGGGGCUCAACCUCCUCUCAUGGCCAUGCCCCCCUCUCUCUCUCAGCCCCCACUAUCUAAAGAGGAUUUCUACAGACAGCGCCACCAUCGUCAAGACAAAGUGACCUCCAAACUGGAUGAGUUUACUAAAGACUUCCAUAAAGAGCUUAUGAAGUACAGGGGCGCACCGAAGAGACCCAGACGAUCCUACUCCAGGUCCCGCUCAUACAGCCGCUCCCCUUUCAGCCGCUCUCCGUACAGCCGCUCCAGGUCACGCUCCCGCUCCUUCUCGUACUCGCCCAGCCGCUCCCGGUCACGCUCCCCCUCCCACGGACACUCUUACUCCAAGCGCAACGGGCGCAGCUACGGCCGCUCCAGGUCCCGCUCCAGGUCCCGCUCCUACGGGUACAGGCGUUCGGGCUCUCCCCGCACCCCUCCCUCGUACAGAGGCGGGGGCUGGGACACGGCUGAACACGGCGGGCCCUAUCGAUCACACUCGCGCUCUCCGGGGGGCUACAGAGGCCACAGCCCAGGAGCACGCAAACACCAUCACAGAGACAUGCCCCCCUAUGACAUGAAAGGAGCCAGUCCAGGUGACCACUGGGACAGUCAGAGCUACAGGCAGUGGGAGAAAGACUAUCAUGACUGGUAUGGCAAAUACUAUAAGGACUACAAAGAGUACAAAGACUACAAGGAGUAUGACGAACAUUCACCCAGGUACCACAGAGGAAGAGGUAGUAGGGACAGAGACAGGGACAGAGAUCGGAUGUCUCCUUUAUCUCGAGAUUACUCCCCGCACACAAAAGCACGAAAAGGUACGCACCAUACAGCCUCAUCCACUGCAGGAACCAAGUCCAGCAAAGUCGUAAAAGUAAAAAAAAUCAAAAGGAAGAGGACAGGGGAGGAAGCUGAAAUGGCUGAUCAGGCUGUUGACAGAGGAGACGCAACACCUGUCCGGGAUGAGCCCAUGGAUGACCUCCCCAUCACUAAAACCCCUCCUCUUUCUUCAAAAUCUGCUAUUAUUACAAAUAAACCCUCUUCUAAAUGCCCUGCUGUUUCAGGAAAAGCCCCGUCCAAAUCGCUAGUGAAGACUGACAAAGCCAAAAAAGAGAAGGUCAUUAAGGCUAAAGUCAAAGUCAAACCAGACGGUACUAAAGUGAAAAAGAAGCCAGGUGAAGGUGUUGUCAAAAAGAAAGAACCAUCAUCUGCAACAGGAAAGCCAUUGAAGACUAAGCUCAAAACUGAAGAUGGUGCUAAUUCAGCUACACCAAAAAAGGAUAAGGCAAGAAGUACCAUUUCAAAGCAAGUGCUGCCUAAAACCCCACCACAGUCUUUGCUAGAGCAACCUGCAAAUGACACUUAUCUGCAUGAAAGCCAUAGACUGAGCCACGAUGUUCGCAAUAGAAGAGACGUGCCCCAAAGGGAAGGUCUGCUCCCAUACCCAGUCCACCACAGACCCCCGUCCCCCAUGGACAGGGGCAGACGGGUGGUGGAAGAGACUCACUCCUUGCUUGGGCCCCCUCCAGGGAAGUUGAGGCGCAUAGAAGGACCAGGACUGAGCAGAGAGCAUACUCCACACUCUCAUGUGCCCCACCAGCCUGCGCUCCAGCGGGUGGUGUCCCCUUCAGACAGACCUCUGUCUGUGACAGUGAGUCGGGAGCCCAGUCGGGAGGAGAGAGAGCGAAGCCAUAGGCCCUUUAUGGACCUCAAGAUCCAAGUGAAUCCCACCAGGAGGAUAAAGUUGAACAGAGAAGUGACCAGAAGAGGCAGUGCUGACACUCCCCCCUCUGGCCCAGAAAAGAGCAACUUUUCCUCUAGUGUUCCACCACCAGGAGACAGACACAGCCCAGAGCCCAGCCUGCGGAGAGAGAUGUCUCCUUUAGCUGAAAGAAGAGCUGGACAUGGCAGUGCUGGGGACACAGGGUCAGAGAGGGGUCGCGACAGAGGACUAGGCCUGGACCGGGACAGAGACAGAGGGCAUGAGCGGGCCAGGGACAGGAGCAGCCAGAGAACCAACCAGAGGGAGAGUGAGGAACAACGCCCUACGAGGAGUGAGCAGAAGACUGAGCAGAAGAACUCUGGUGGAGGGAGGUCUGUGUCUCUGGACAAAAUGACCAUCGCAGAGAAGUCGGCCAAAAAACAGACAGACCACCCAGACAAGCCCAGUGCGGUGCACAAGGACAGGGAGCACAAAUCAGACAGGAGUGUUUCCAAGGACAGAACAGACAGAACAGUGUCCUCAGGAGAGAAGCCAGCUGCUGCUCAAAGAGAAGCUAAAGACAGCCAGGAGCCUCCUGCUAAGACCAGACCCAGAAUCAGCCGCAAGAUCCUCACCUCGCACAGCGGGGCAUCUGCUAGGUCAUCACAAGAGUCCAAACGCAACCCAGACAGACAGCAGAGACAUACAUCGUCCAAACCUGUGGAGCCGCAGCCCCCUGAGGAGCAGCAGCAUCAUAGCCCCAGUGCUAGCCCCGCCCCCAGCCCACCUCGAGUGGAAAAUCCCCUCAUCCAGGCCCCUCCCCGCUCCAAGUGGGAAGAUGAUGAGGAGAGCCAGGACAAUGAACCAAAUGCUCCUCAAGAACCUUCACCAGAGUCCCAGAGGAGCACGGAAAGGGAGGGCCAACUCAGAGCUCCUAAACCAGCGAAAGCUAAAGAUGACAAGAAGCCUAGACCAAAAAAAGAGGAGGGCAAAGUGUUGAAGAACGCUGAGAAAACUAUAAAAGUUAAAGUGAUUAGAGAAGAGGUAAAAGUGGCUAAAGACGAAGCUCGGGCGGUUGAAAACAAACAUGGCGGCUCAGAACCCAGAGCGCCGGAGCCCAGAAGACAGCGCUUAUGUUCAGACCUGACCCGGGAAACGGACGAGGCCGCGUUUGUCCCAGACUACAGCGAGGGCGAGGGGUCAGAAGCAGAGAGGGGGAGGAGCUGUAGUCCCAGCCAGUCCCUCAGCCAGCCCUCAAGAAGCCCCUCCCCGAGCAACAACGAGAACUCUGUUGGCGGGGACAAGAAGAAGAAGAAACAUAAAAAGCAAAAGAAACACAAGAAGCACAAAGAGAAGGACAAGGAACACAAGGAGCACAAACACAAACACAAGAAGAAGAAACGCAAGAAGAGCAAGGACCAGGAAAUGGACGACAAACAAGAGAGGGACCAGGGACAGGAGGACGAGGAGGAGGAGGCAGAGGCCAAGCAGGGACCGUAAUCAGUCUCUCUGCUGUCCAGUCCACAGGAGGAGGGAAACAAAGGCCAAGGUUCUCUGUGCAGCGCUUGAUAGGAACUGCUGUCCUGUUUGGGACACGUUCUGCUGCUCGGUCCUCUCUUCCAUCAUUGCAUCAUUGCGCCGCACUUUGUCCUUCUGAUGAUCAAUGGACAUGACUUGAUAAUUACCCAUUAUGUGAUGAGAGAAAGAACAUCUCAGGGAUUGUGUCUUUUUCAAGGAGAGAUUGUUUUUCGUUUUUUUUUGGUUUCCGUCGACUUCAUUUGUAAAUAAAGAGAAAUGUUUCUCUACAUUUUUUAUAGCCAUAACCCUGAGUGUGCCCUCCACCGCUCAAAGUAGCCUUGGUGAGCUUGUGUUCUUUCUAGCUGCUUCGCAUGUUUUGGCACAUCAAGGUUAAAUCAUUUGUGUUAAUACAUUUUCGUCUAAUACUGAACGAAAGCUGAAGAAAUCCUUUGCUUAUUGUAAAUUGUAUGUAUUUUGCAAACCUGUAGAUAAUUGUAAAGUGAAUAUGCUGAAACAUGAGCGCGCCAGUAUCUGCAGUUGUUCAUUUUGGGACUACACUGGACUGUUGAGUUGAUUCUGUAUGAAUUUGAGGCUGCAUGAUUUGGUUCCAGCGCAGAGCCGGUGUAUCACAUUGUGCGUGAGUGACUGUACAGUUAUGUCUGUGCGAGAGUAACAAAUUAGUUCUUUUUUUAAUUAAAAUGUUUUGACCUCGUAAA